AUGUCCAACGCCAACACUUCCAACUCGACGACCGACGUGGGGUACUUCGGUUCCGGUGAUAUCGAGAAGGGGCGGCCCUCCCACCUCGAGCGUGCUGUCACGCCAGGCGGCCACCCCAUCGACUUCUCGCAGCCUGCCAUCCCCGUCCAACACCGCAAGUACGGUAACCCGAUCCCCAUUGGCCUCAUCGCCUUCUCAAUGGCGUUCCUCAUGACCGGUUUGCUCAACUUUGGUGUUCGUGGCAUUAAGGCGCCCAAUGGUGUGCUGUCGUCUCUCAUGUUCUUCGUCGGUAUCACCCAGACCCUCGUCGGGUGGUUCGAGAUGUUCAUCGGUAACACCUUCUCUGCUACCAUCUUCUGCGCCUUCGGCGGCUUCGCCUUCUCGUACGUCGGCUUCUUCUUGCCAGCCAUGGGCAUCGUCGACGCCUUCACCGACAAGGUCACUGGAGAGGUCUCGCCCGACCUCUCCAACUCACUCGGCCUCUUCCUCGCCAUCUGGUCCGGCAUCACCUUCCUCUUCCUGCUUGCUGCCCUCCGUUCGUCCGUCGCCAUCAUCCUCGUCCUCUUCUUCACCACGAUGGCCUUUGCGCUCCUCGCCGCACAGCAGUUCACUGGAUCGUUGGGCGUCGCCAGGGCCGCCGGCGCAUUCUGCGUCAUGGACGCAGCCUGUGGAUUCUGGGCCGCCAUGGCUGGUUACUGGACUCCGGACACGACCUACGCCUUCAUCCGCGUCGACCCCAUCGACCUCUCACCCAAGGACUAG